AAAUACACCAACAACACUGAACAGUCUCUUUCUUCUCUCUAUCUCUCUCAAGAACUUAGAAAUUCAAAAAAGUUACUCACAAAAAUAUAAUAAGAAAGAACUCCACCAGCACCAACACCAACACCACCAAAAGAGCACAAUUUUCAAAACCCACGCGCCGCCGUGACGCGCAGCCUGUAUGAGUCAUCGCCGCCAUGGGCGGAGUCACCUCCUCGAUCGCCGCCAAGUUCGCCUUCUUCCCGCCGCACCCACCGUCCUACACGGUGGUCGCCGCCGCCGAGGGUGGCGGCUUCUCGGACCCUCCGCCGGCGCCGCCGCGCCUCGCCAUUCCGGAGGUGCCGAGCAAGGACAACGUGGACGUGCUUAAGCUUCGCACGCGCCGAGGCAACGAAAUCGUGGCGUUGUACGUUAAGUACCAUAGACCCACCUGCACCAUGCUCUAUUCUCACGGGAAUGCCGCGGAUUUGGGCCAAAUGUUCGAACUUUUCGUUGAAUUGAGCAACAGGCUUCGCCUCAAUGUUAUGGGUUACGAUUACUCUGGUUAUGGACAGUCAACAGGAAAGCCAACUGAAUGUAAUACAUACGCAGAUAUUGAUGCUGCAUAUAAAUGCCUAAAAGAGCAAUACGGGGUGAAAGAUGAGCAAUUGAUAUUGUAUGGUCAAUCUGUUGGGAGUGGUCCGACACUUGAUCUUGCUUCACGGAUAGCAGAACUGAGAGGUGUUAUCUUGCAUAGUCCGAUUUUGUCAGGACUUAGAGUACUAUACCCCGUAAAACGGACAUACUGGUUUGAUAUUUACAAGAAUAUUGAUAAAGUUGGUGCAGUCAAAUGUCCUGUUUUGGUUAUACAUGGGACAGCAGAUGAAGUUGUCGAUGUGUCCCAUGGGAAGCAGCUCUGGGAGCUUUGCAAGGUAAAGUACGAACCCUUGUGGGUAAGUGGUGGUGGACAUUGUAAUCUUGAGCUUUACCCUGAAUUCAUUAAACAUCUAAAGAAAUUUGUACAGACAAUUGGAAAAUCUAAAGCAACUGCAAAUGGUUCUAAAAAGGACACUGUAGAAUCUGAUAAUCAAGGCAAAGCUAGCAAAGAAUCUGAAAGUGGAACUUCCGUUACUUCUGAAUUGAGUACAGAAAUCCCUGAAGUUUCUAGAAACAGUUUAGAUAGCCGUCUCGAGAAGUCUAAAAAACCAGACAAACCGGAAAAAUCUCGUAUGAGCACAGACCAUGUUGAUAGGUUUAGGAGAAGAAAGGGGUUAGUUUGGUAGUGUCUCUCACAGGAACUGUAUCCAGAAUAAUUUAUCUGCUAGGAUUCACUUGGCAGGUAAUCUAAUUCCACUUUUCAGGUAAUGAUGCCACUUCUAAAUGAAUAUAUUGAGUGAGUUUUCUGUUUCCUUUCCUCCUUCUUAGGUCCUGAAUUCAGCUGUAUGUUAAAUUAUUGAGAGCAAUAUGCAUUUGUAUGCCCUGUAAAAUCAACAGCUUGAUAUAAAUGCAAUCAUUAUGAUAAUUUGUUUUUGGUUA